AGUACAAUAGCUGUGAUAUUUUACGACAUAGGUACGUAUUUUAAAAUUCAUGUCAUUAUAAUAUUUAAAUUAAAAAAAAAAGAACAUUACAACGUUUAGCUCUUCAGUUCGAGAUAGAUUCUCAGACUGUUCGUAUUCUCAGUUUCAAUUUUUUUUAUUAUUAAAUAUGACUUGGACGAGACCAGAAAAUGUUGCUUUCCCCCAAGUUUGGUUGACCUUUAAAGCUAAAGAUCCUGAUACGGGAAAAAUUGUUAAGUAUCGUGUUCAGGAUCUUCCCGAAGAUCGUUUUGACGAAGUGCUUUAUUUGAUGUCAACUAUUUUUCGCCGGGAUGAAACUAUGUGCAGAAGUUUGAAUAUUAUCAAUGAUCCGGAUUUAAUGGGAAGAAGUGAUGCAUCAGUUUGGUGUGGAGUUUUGAAGCAAAAAAUCUCCGUGGUUUGCUUCAAGGAAAACUCCAAUGAAAUUUGUGGAUUAAAUAUUCUGGAAAUUUUGGAGAAAGAUGUCAAAGAGAAUGGAAUGGAGAUUCAAAUUCCAAAAAUUCAAGCAGUCAUGAAAGCUCUGGACUUUAUGAAAGCCAAAGCUGAUCCAUAUAAUCGCUACGGUGUGGAUAAAUUCCUCCACGCCAUGGGACUUUUAGUUGUGCCAAAGUAUCGCGGUUUGGGAAUCUCAACGGAAAUUCUCAAAGCUAGGGUACCUCUGGGAAAGGCUUUGGGUAUUAAACUAACUGGAACCGUGUUUACGGGGAUUGCAUCUCAGAAUACAGCAGCAAAGGCCGGAUUUGUUGAGGACUUUUCAGUGCUCUAUGAAGAUUUGGCAAAGAAGGAACCCUUCGUUGAAUUUCCCAAUAUUUCCGCACCAUAUUGUAAAUUUAUGAGUCUUCGUUUUGAGUAAAAGUUGUUGUGCCAUUAACACACUUUUCGCAAUUUAUUUAAUGAAUAAAAUGAGCUCUUGACUCUUUAGCAGCAGGGACUAUUUUUUAAUUUAUCAGCUUUCCUCUUUUUUUUUUUUCCUGGGGGUAGUAUAUAUGUAGUUAAUUCGGUAAAUUAGAAGUCUCUGGGAUCCUAGAAAUUACUAGUGAGGCAGUCUUAAGAUUUCUUGAGUUUCCUUAUUAUUUUAAAGGAUUUGAAAUAUUUGAUCUUUGAAAUAUUAUACAUUUUUUUGUCUGAUUUGAGGAAUUUCAAGUUUCUUUUAAGAAAAUUAAUGAAAAUUUAAGUUUAAUCAAACAUUAAAAAAAAUUAGAGUUUUUCAUAAGAAAACUUGUGAUAUUUUGACUUUCAAUUUAGAAAACUUAGGAAAUUCCUUAAAAAAUAAAAUUAAAAAAUCCUAAGACUAUGUGAAAUUGUUUUCCAGAGCACACCUGAAAAUUCUUUUAGAACCUCAGCCCUUUUUAUACUUUUGGACACGCGCUUUCGAUGUUUGGACCAAACGUUUAGCAUUCAGAACAUCCAACACUGGUCUGUGCUGGCCAUUUGGGAAAAUCUUUCAGCACUUUACAACUAGCCCUAGUAGCAUUGUCGACUAGUAAUGUUUUAGAUACAUAUAUAGCAUAUAUGUAUGUAUAUAGCAUAUGUACCUCGGUCAUUGACACAGUGGGGCAACACGAGAUUUUCGUAUUCCAUUUACCUAAAAGAAGAAUCCCCAUUAUCAUUGCAUUGCUCAUAUUCUCAUAAAUCCGUGUGACUGGUAAAGUCACCUAGAUAAAAAGCUGCGUAUGUAAAGUCUGGUAUGCGAGGAUUUAUCCAUUUUACGUUAGGUGUAAACAUUGCCAAUUUUAAUAUUACGAAACUCCACAACAAUUAUCAAGAUGACAUGUAUAAUCUACUCUUCUCACCCAUUAAGAAAAUGAGCAUAAGCCGUACGCCCGAGUGGGUGAUGCUAACCAAUACCUGACUUAUUUAGAUUAUUUUAAGCAUAGAUAGCUACACGUUUUGUGUUAAUAAUACAACUCUCGUUUUCUGAGAAUGUAAGAUACAUAAUUCAAAUUCAAUAGUAAAUAACGAACAUUUUAUCAUUCAAAAAUGUUCUAUAACACACAAACCGCAAGAUAAGACGAAGUAUUAUAUUAAAAAAACAUUGUUUGAACGAGUAAAAAAAUACCUGUCUUCAGUUCAUGAGAAGAUCUCAACGUGACAACUUCUUCAGUAUACCUGUUGCCGCGAUUUCUUUUUUAUAGUUUAAUUUUAUAGCACAAUGUGUCUUGGAUAUUUAGACGACUUUUAUGGCAAAAGAUCUCGACUCUGGUCUAAAUGUGAAAUACCACAUUGAAUGUAUCCGCGAAGAUCGUUUUGAUGAAUUUCAAUGUAUUUCUCAGAAAAUGAAGAAACGUUUGUAAGCUUAAGUGAAAAAAAAAGAUUUUUCCUCAAUUUUACUUCCCGAAUUAAAUUUUUCCUUUUUUUUUCCUUCAGAUCUUCUCAAUGAUCUGGAUUUCAAUGGAAGUAAUCAUAGCUAAAUGGAAGUUAUAGGUCAUAGAGGAGAAGACGAGGAAAAACACAUUUUAAGAAUUUCUUCCAGUGAGUAUAUUAAGCAAGAGGUUAAAAUUUGGCUAAUAUAUAGCUAACCAAAAAUCAAUAAAUAUUCCGAAUAUUUAUUUUUUGUGCGGAAGGAUCAGAUCGCAAUGGGAAAGAACAAGUCAAGAUCAUUAUGCUUUAUUGGCGACGUUUCGAUAUAUUUUUUAUCAUCUUCAGGCCCCUUUUUGACAAUUAAGAUUAAACAAAAUAGUUUUAGUGAAAAGGAAGACAAAGAAGGGGAAUAAAAUUGACAAUACCUAAUAUUUAUUUUAAAGUCGUUAAAUACCUACAUACUUCCAUCAUGUGGAAUAUUCACCAAAUAAGGGGUGAUCAAAAUAUUCAAAUAAUUCCUUUGAGGACAAAACAUAUAAUGACUAAAUUCUAAUCAAAAUUUAGGCAUAUUUUUUCAAUAAUCGCUUGUUUGCGAUUCAAACAAGAAUUUAUUCAAUAAAUUAAAGCGUGAGGCAGUCGGUUUGGCGUAUGAUUUUGGUCUGCAAUAAAACAUACAUUUACUUCUAGUUCUUCCUAAUUUUAGCUAAAACUUACAUGAGAUAUAACUUAAUCCCUCCUUAAUCGAGCCUCUUCUUUUAAUCACUGACUCUUCUAUCCUGUAAAAUAAAACUAAAUAUUUUCCCAUUCUUACGAAAUAUCAUCCAUUUUUCUAACUUUGAAUUCUUCCUUUCUUCUUUGAGUCCACCGACUACCUUUGAUCAUCAAUUUCCCCUUGUAUUCUCCUGUAGAACAAGAAACCUAAUUAUCCACCUGAUAUUCUACUAUUUUCUCUACUAAUUCUUAUACUUACAACUCAGUUUUAUCUGUUAAUUCCUUCUCAAUAUUACUUUUUCACACAAGGGUAUUUUCGGUUACAUCUUUUCAACGCGACUAUUCUUCAAAUAUGGCCGACUGCUUCUCUAUCAUGAACUUAGUCAUAUUUCAUACGAAUCUCAAUCUAAGAUAACUUCACUACAACAUUUUAAACUAAACUAAUUUUCAACAUCGCUUUUUAAAUCACUCAACUUCCCAAAAUUCACUGACUAUCCCUUAAAUGGAAUAUCUUUAAAUAUUUCAAAAUAUUCGUUAUUUUUUGGAUUUUUCUCCACAUUCUUGCCCCUUCAAAAUAUUCAAAUAUCUCAUUGAAAACAUAAUACAAAACAUAAAUAUUUUCCUCAUAUUUUUGCCCCAUCAUUCAAAGUAUUGAAGCAUGAAAUUUUUGGUGGUGCUUCUAGAACAAUAACAAGGAAGUAAAGGACAGAGAAAUAAUACCAAAAAGUUAAGAACAAAAAAAAACUCAUUGUCAUUGAUAAAAUUUUUUUAGAUAGAUUAUGCGGUGUCUAUGCUAUGCAUAAAUAGUAUGUUGGAUGGAAAAUAGCGCAAGAGUUAUCUAUACUUUUGAGGUGGAUUAAUUAAGAGUAAAGGGAGAGUGUGACCACGUAAAAAGAUCAACAACUCUAAGCACUGGAAAAAAAAAGUAAUACAACACCAAGGUAACAUUCCACCAUGAGCUUUUCAUAUUAUUCUCCCAGAGUUUUGGUGUGUGUCAUAACAUUUUCGGCGGCAUUGGUGGAACAAGAGAGAAGUGAAUAUGAACCCCACCUUGCAAUCAUCAAUAUUUCGUUUCGUUUUUUCCUUCUUCUUUUUUUUUCAAUUUAUCCAAACUAUGUCGUCGUCGUGCUAAAAAUGCCUCUGAAAAGCACAAUAAACCUCCCUCUCUUGAGCAAUUUAGCAUAAAUAAAUUGAUAUCUAGAGGAAUACCUACAUUUAUAGUUACGAGAAGAGAAGGUAAUUAAAAAGGAUAGAAAAAAAGAGGAGAAAAAAAAACCCUAGAAAUGACACAAAUUUCACCCAACACAACACCCCCUUCUGCCCCACUUUUAUUCUCCCCAGACACGAAAUUCGCAUCAAAUUUAUUCUUUCCUCAUUCUAUCCCACUUCUUCUCACUCUCUUGCACGUUCAUUUGCUCUUCCAUCAAUUAAUCAGCAUUUUAUCAGGCAAACAUUAUACUACAUAUAUUAAGCAUAUAUACAUAUAGGUACCUACAUAUAUAGCAACGCAAAUUUUAGCACUUUGGCGCAAUUUCAGAGAUUGCGCCCCCCGAAAAAAAAGUCCUCACACGAAUCCAAGAAUAAAACAUGAAAAUUGUAGCAAUGGGAAUCAUUCUCGCGAUUAAUGCUUUGCCUUCUCCACGCCACUCUCUAUCGCACAAAUUUCGAUUAAUCCAAUAAAUUGCGAAGAGACCAACAGCUCUUGUACAUUAAAUUAGAGCAAAAGCUUCUGAGUAUGUGUGCGCGUGGAAAAAGGAUGAAAACCUGUUACAUUUUUCCUUUUUAGCUUUUCCAUUUUGAGGCUUUUAUAUACAUUUUUAUUUUCCAUAAAAAUCCCUCGAUAUGGGAUUAUAUGGAAUGUCAAUGCAACGAGAAUUUAUGGGGAAAUUGCAAGGAAAUGAAUUUACAAUCAAGCUUCUUUCCCGCAAAUAACACCUUUCCAGGAAACAUUAUAAAGUGCAUUAGGUGCAUUAGGAUAGAAUAUCUCUGCAUCCCUUCUAAGAUGUAUUUCCGGGACAUGAGAUAGACGGGAGAAAAAAUGUCUUAAAUUGUUGGAUAAGAUUUAGAAGCAAAGGGGCAUUAUCUGUCGAAUUUUUUUACGUUCUUUCAAACGAAUAUUUCAAGAGAGCUGAAAAUUAUCAAAUAUUCCGAAAAUAAUGAUUAAAUAAUCUGAAUAUUUAUCAAAUAUAUAAUGAAUAUUGAUGAUCAAAAGUUUGUUUUCUGUUUAAAAUUUUUAUUCUCUUUAUCAAAAUAUUCGGAAUAUUUGCGAAUAAAUCGAAUAUUGCGGAAUAUUUAUGAGUAUCAACGACUCUAUCGUCUAUUCACAAUUAAUAUCGCUACCUAAUGAUGUAAAAAACGUGGAUUUAUGGAGAAAAUAUCGAUUAAAUGUCCGCGGAAAAGAAGUCCAAAAAGGGAAAAAUGUACUGGUAAGCUGACCAAGCUUACGGGAGCUGUGUUUCUUUCAGUGUACCAAUUUUGUGAGAGCAAACUAGAACGCGAAUUAAUUUAAAUACGCGCAAAGUCGGGAAAAGUUGAAAAGUCAUACCCUAAGAAAUGUUUGGAAGGCCAUAUCUCGAGAACGGAUCCAUAGAUUUUCAUAAAUUUUUUUUUGUUUGAAAGGUCUUGAAGUCAGCUAUAACAUAUCAAAAAAUGAAAAAAAUUUAUGUCGCCGUUUUCGAGAUAUUCAUCGAAAACUAAUCGAAAAUUUUGUUUUCGAUUUUUGGCCCCCUAGCGGUCACUUUUGAAACUUCGGAUAAUCUAGAGAGUUGUAGGGUUUGUUGAGAUCUUUCAUUUGACCCCGGGUUGAUCAAAAUCGGUCAAGCCGUUUUCGAGUUAUGGUCGAUUUUCGAUGAAAAAUUGUGGCGGCCAUAUUGACUAAACGGCUUGACCGAUUUUCGAAAAUGAGGUAUCGUUGGAAAGCUCUUGAUGUCCCCUACAACAUAUAAAAAUUUCAGAUUUUUACCUAUUACAGGGGCUGAGAUAUAGCGAAAACAAAAUUUUGAGGUUAUCCAAAAUGGCGGACGCGGGGGUGGGGGGUAAAAUUUGACAUCAUAAUCGGAUGUCUUCCAGUCGAUAUUUAAACUUUGCCGUUUACCGCAAGUCUCUAUCUAUUACCGUUCUCUCACAAUUUAGCGUUAUGUUCCGGACGGCCGGACGGACGGCCGGCCGGAAAAAAUUUUUUUUGGCGCAUACGUUUUUUGGAAUGUGGGGACCCUAAUUCGUGCUCAUCCCAAGUUUGAGCCCGAUCUGACGACUUUCGAUUUUGCUCGGUACACAAAAGCUGUGUCUGAAAGAAACACAGCUAAAAAAGAAUGACAAUUUAAUCCAUCCAGCGAUGUUUUGGAAAUAAAUACAUUUCCAUCGCUAAAUUGAAUUAAUUAAGAAAGCUUUGUCUCCAUUGCAAUAUAACAAAGUGAUUAAAUAAAAUAAAAUAAAGAAUAAGAAGGAAGACAUAGAAAUUGAUUUUGGAAACAAUUUUCACAAAGCCUGAUGAAGGGGUUGUAAGGGAGCCGAAUAUUUGAGGAAAAAAGUAUGAAUACGAUAGAUGAGUUAAAUUAAUAAUAAAUACAAGAAAUUUUUUUUAAAAAUAUAACCAAAAUGGCGCAAAAGAGCAAAAAUGUA